AUGGGUGUUGCAGGAACCAUAUCUCCAGAAAUCGGAAAUCUUUCUUUUCUCAUUUCUUUAGAUAUGAGCAAUAACUCUUUUCAUGGUCCUAUUCCCUCAUCUAUUUUCAACAUUUCAAGUUUAGAAGUUUUGAAUUUGAGGAAUAACAACUUGUCUGGCAGCCUACCUCUUGAUAUGUGCAAACACAAUCUCCAUAGGCUCAAGGGACUUAGUAUUUCUUAUAACAAGUUGUAUGGGGAAAUACCAUCGAGUUUGGGGCAGUGUUCCAAGCUUGUGUAUCUUUCUUUGUAUAACAACAGUUUUAGUGGACACUUGCCAACACAAAUUGGAAACUUGACAUUCCUUCGAGGACUAUACUUGGGUGCCAACAAUUUAAGAGGUAAUAUUCCAAAAGAGAUCAGUGCUCUUACGAAUUUGCAAUUUUUGGACAUGAAUACCAACAACUUAAGUGGUAUUAUUCCAAAAGAGAUUGGUGCUCUUACUAAUUUAAAAGCUUUGAACAUGAGUACCAACAACUUUAUUGGCCCCGUGCCAAGUGAAAUUGGGAACUUGAGAUUGCUUCAACUAUUAUAUUUGGACGCCAACAAGUUAAGUGGUAAUAUUCCAAAAGAGAUCGGUGCUCUUACUAAUUUACGAAGUUUAGACAUGAGUACCAACAACUUUAUUGGCCCCGUGCCAAGUGAAAUUGGGAACUUGAGAUUGCUUCAAGAACUAUAUUUGGGUGCUAACAACUUAAGUGGUAAUAUUCCAAAAGAUAUCAAUGCUCUGACGAAUUUACAAAAUUUGGACAUAAGUACCAACAACUUUAUUGGCCCCAUGCCAAGUGAAAUUUGGAACUUGACAAUGCUUCAAAUGUUGGACAUUCAUAGCAACAUGUUAAGUGGUGUUAUUCCGAAAGAGAUUAGUGCUCUUGCUAAUUUACAAACUUUGGACAUUAGUGUCAACAACUUUAGUGGCCCCGUGCCAAGUGAAAUUGGAAACUUGACAAAGCUUCAAUGGUUGGCCCUUGGUAUCAACAUGUUAAGUGAUAAUAUUCCAAAAGAGAUAAGUUAUCUUGUUAACUUACAAAUCUUGAGCAUGAGUUCCAACAAGUUGACAGGAUCAUUGCCAAAGGAAAUUGGAAACAUGACAUCCCUUACCAACUUAUGGUUUAACAGCAAUGAAUUAAGUGGUCAUAUUCCAAAUGGAAUUUUUCUUCUCACUAAAUUAUUUAUAUUGGGAAUUUCUAACAACCGACUUGGUGGAUCAUUGCCGAAAGAAAUUGGUAACACAACCAUCUUAAAUGUGGAUCUUACCUACAAUAAUUUAAGCGGUAUGAUUUUCGAUUUCCUUUCAUAA